AUGGCUUCCAUCGUGCCGGCCAUGAAGAGGCAAAUCCACCGGACCGUGGCUCAGACAGCCCGACUUUCUUCGCGGCAGUUUGCAACCACCACACGACUGCUACGACAAGGCCCUGGAACCGGCGAGAACUUCGAACAAGCCAACGACCCUUCUGCGCGAAAACUCACUCCCAAUGUAUCCAAGACGAACGAGGUGCCGGUCGAGGCGAGAGGUAAUCAGGAUGCGCCCCUUCAAGAGUUGGUACCAGAGGCAGAGAAAGCCAGAACAAUGCAGGCUCCAAACAGGGAAAAGCCGUGGUCAAGGAGUCAGAUGCCCAGAGAACUGGCAAUGACAGGACCCAGAUUUGAACAGACAAUUAUGGAAGCCCAGCCCCGGCCCUUUGCUGCAAUUGAGCUCAUUCACAAGCAACCCGUGCGUUGGGUCAAGGAAAAGAGCGUGGCGUGUGAUGGUGGCGGUGGUCCCUUGGGCCAUCCACGAAUCUUUAUCAACUUGGACAAACCCCAGGUUUGCUGGUGCACCUACUGUGGUCUACCAUACGCCAAGGAAGAGCACAAGAAAUAUCUUGAAUCAUUACCGUCGACACCAUAUCCUCUUGCACCUACGGGCGAUCCAGCACAAGUCCAAAUGCCAGCUACACCUAGUCAAAAAGGCGAGAUUCAGGGACAUUAUCCACUGUUGAAGGGGGAGCAAGAGGCAGAGAGUGUAGGUUCAUCGUCAUUCGAGCAAAGAUGA